AAAAUAAAAAACGGUAAUUCGAAAUGAAAAUUACUUAAUCCUUAAUCUAAGUUUUCCGUUGACAAGGACUCUACAACAAACCUAUGGGGUGCUCUUAUCAAAGUUUUCCUUGGAAAACCAAAAAUCGAAACCUUAUUAAACUUCCAUUUAACUAAACAGUUGCUCCUCCUGGAAAAGAUGAAAAAAGAAAAAACAGAGAAACUAAACAGUUUCUUUGUUAGUGGUACUAUUAAUAUCACAAACCAAAUUAAGGAAACGAACAAAAGAAACCGUUGAAUUACCUUUCGAUUUUCCUGGCUAAUCCUCCGCUUUGUUAAGAAAUCUUUGAUUUCCUUGGCGGAUUUCCCCUUUAUUCUGUCAUAUACCCCAAUUUUCCUUCACUUGGUUGUGCUUUCUUGAUUGAUUAAGAAAAAAACCCGGGUCAAAAUGAAUCAAGAAUCACAUUCUCCCAUCUUUUCUUCUUUCAAACUCACACCUUCUCUUCUUCUUUAGCCUUUCUUUUUUUAAAUCCUUUUUCUUGGUUUCGAGAGGGAGAGAGAUAGAAUAUACGGAACAUUAAUACCCUUUGGGAUAAAAAAUGACUCGUCAGGUUUUGAUAAGAUCACCGCCUUUGACAAGGAAGCAACCGUUUUUGUUAUCGGAGGAUCAGAAGACGGCGAGGAAAGGGAAGAAAUUCGGGGAAGUGGCCGGUGGGACCGCGGCGGAGUGUGCGGCGGUAUGUUGCUGCUGCCCGUGUACCGUCCUGGAGCUGCUUGUUUUGGGCCUUUAUAGGGUUCCCACUGGGCUUUACAGGAAGGCCUGGAAAAGACGGAAACGGCAGCGUUUGACGAAGAAGAAUCAAGGCUUGUUGGGCCAGUCUAAGGGUGGGCCCACGAGGGAAGAGUUGGAGGCUGAGCUGGAUCGGAUGGUGGGGAAAGUGGGGCAGGACGGUAAUGAUGAGUCCAAAGGAGCCGUAGAUUUGGAGAAGGAGAUGUGGGACCGGUUUUAUGGGACUGGUUUUUGGAGGAGUCCAUCACAGAGAGACACGUAACAUGUCACGUGAAGGAUGGAACUAAAUGGAUACAAAUCAAAUAUGGGAACCUUUUUGAAUGGGAAUUUUAUUUUUUGUGAAUACAAAAAAGGGUCAUUUGAGAUUUUUGUCUCACUUUUUAUUGAAUAUUAUUCGGUGUAUUUUCAAAGUUGGACAAACUAUUGCUGGAAAGGGCUCACGACUUUCCAUCCAUACAACAAUCUACGUGGUUAAAUAGAAUUCAAUAUCAGAGGUAAAUUGGUUGCUCAAUUUUCUUUA